GAUCUCGGCGUAACACCAUGCUGGACUGCAGCGACUACGUACUAGAUGCAAGAAUGAAUAAUCCGUCAGAAAGCAGCAAAUCAGCAGACAGCGGGGAUGGAAACACAGGCACUCAAACAAAUGGUCUGGACUUUCAAAAGCAAGCAAUGUCUGUCGGAACGCCCAUCACAACACAGGCCUUUCUUGGACACCUCCACCAGGUCCAGCUUGCUGGAACAAGCUUACAGGCUGCUGCACAGUCCUUAAAUGUACAGACUAAAUUUAAAGAAGAACCUGGGGAGCCUCCGCAGCCAGUCCAGCCUUCCCAGCAUCCCUCACUACAGGCGGCCAUACCCCAGACACAGCUCAUGGUUGCCGGAGGACAGAUCACUGGGUUAACACUGACGCCAGCUCAGCAACAGAUGUUGCUACAGCAGGCACAGGCACAGUUGCUGGCCGCUGCAGUGCAACACUCCGCUAGCCAGCAACACAGCGCGGCCGGAGCCACCAUCUCAGCCUCUGCUGCUACUCCGAUGACACAGAUCCCCCUGUCCCAGCCAAUACAGAUUGCACAGGACCUGCAGCAGUUACAGCAACUUCAGCAGCAAAAUCUUAACCUGCAGCAGUUUGUAUUGGUGCACCCGACGACCAGCCUGCCGCAAGCGCAAUUCAUCAUCUCACAGACGCCGCAGGGGCAACAAGGCCUUCUGCAGGCACAGAAUCUCUUAACACAGCUACCUCAGCAAAGCCAAGCCAACCUCCUGCACUCUCAACCAAGCAUCACCCUCACCUCACAGCCAGCAACCCCCACACGCACAAUAGCUGCGACCCCUGUACAACAUCUUCCACAGAGCCAGACGACACCAAAGCGAAUCGACACUCCAAGUCUGGAAGAGCCCAGCGACCUGGAGGAGCUCGAACAGUUUGCAAAGACGUUUAAACAAAGACGCAUCAAACUUGGUUUCACUCAGGGUGAUGUGGGGCUUGCUAUGGGCAAACUCUAUGGAAAUGACUUCAGCCAAACUACUAUUUCCCGCUUUGAAGCCUUGAACCUCAGCUUUAAAAAUAUGUGCAAGUUAAAGCCUCUCCUGGAAAAGUGGCUGAAUGAUGCAGAAAACAUCACAUCAGAUUCUGCUCUCUCAAGUCCGAACGUUAUGAACUCCCCGGGUCACGGGAUCGAGGGGCUGAACCGCAGGAGGAAAAAACGCACCAGCAUUGAGACCAACAUACGCGUGGCCUUAGAGAAGAGUUUCCUGGAGAACCCAAAGCCUACCUCGGAGGAGAUUACCAUGAUUGCCGACCAGCUGCACAUGGAGAAGGAGGUGAUCCGUGUUUGGUUCUGCAACCGACGCCAGAAGGAGAAAAGGAUCAACCCUCCCAGCAGUGGACUAUCCGGUUCUUCUCCCAUUAAAGCAAUGUUCUCAAGUUCGACUCCUUUGGUGGCCUCUACACCAAGCCUUGUGACAAGUACUGCAGCAAACACCUUGACUGUAAACCCAGUCCUCCCUCUAACCAGUGCGGCAGCAGCGGUCACCAGCUACUCUGUCCCAGGCACAACAGGGACUCCCACUGCCAACACGGCAACUGUGAUAUCUACUGCACCUCCAGUAUCGUCUACCCUAACCUCCCCGUCACUGACCCCUUCACCAUCCGCCUCUGCGGCAGCUCCCGAAGCAUCCAGUGCUAGCGAAACUAGUACAACGCACACCACCUCCACUCCACUCACUUCUCCCUUGACCGCCGGCCAAGUGAUGGUGACGGCUUCGGGAAUCCACACGGCAGCUGCCACAGCACUACAGGCAGCAGCGCAACUGCCCUCCAAUGCAAGCCUCGCUGCCAUGGCCGCUGCAGCGGGGCUGAACCCUGGGCUGAUGGCACCAUCUCAGUUUGCCGCUGGAGGUGCCUUAUUUAGUCUGAACCCAGGGGCACUGGGGGGCGCGCUCAGCCCUGCUCUGAUGAGUAACAGCACUCUGGCGACAAUACAAGCUCUGGCAUCUGGUGGAUCUCUUCCAAUAACGUCACUGGAUGCUUCCGGGAACUUGGGGAACUUGGUUUUUGCCAACGCAGGGGGAACUCCUAACAUUGUGACUGCUCCCUUAUUCCUCAACCCUCAGAACCUCUCCCUUUUCACCAGCAGCCCGGUUAGCCUGGUCUCCGGCGCGUCCGCAGGGGCUGCCACACCCAUCACAAGCCUUCACGCCACCUCCUCCUCAAUCGACGCCAUCCAGAACUCUCUCUUUACAGUGGCCUCUGCCAGCGGACCAGCUUCCACCACCACCACAUCCGGCUCCAAAGCACAGUGAGCUGAGUCGGUGCGAUCACGUCUGCUUUUUUUUUCGGCUAGUGAUCAAACGUGUGAGA